UUCGGUAUUUAGAGCAACUGAAUCAACAAUUCAAACACACCCAACAAAAAUGGCAUUCAAAUUAAUCGCCUUCUUCGCUCUCUGCAUCGCUGCCGCCAGCGCCGGUGUCAUCGCACCAGCUGCUCCAUUGGCCGCCGUAGCCGCCGCACCAUUGGCUGUUGCCGCUCGCGUUGAGGAGUACGACCCACACCCACAAUACACCUAUGGCUAUGAUGUGAAAGAUGCUCUCUCCGGUGACUCGAAGACCGCUGUGGAAAGCCGUGAUGGUGAUAUCGUUCAAGGCCAAUACUCUCUGAAUGACGCUGAUGGUUACCGUCGUAUUGUGGACUACACAUCUGACCCAAUCAACGGCUUCAACGCUGUUGUCCGUCGUGAACCUUUGGUUGCCCCCGUCGUUGCUGCCCCAGCUCCCAUCGUCAGAGCCGCUCCUUUCGCCGCUCCAGUUGCCGCUGCUUUCGCCGCUCCAGCUCCCCUCGUCGCCGGACCUGCUGUAGUGAAGACCCAAUUCGCAUCGCCACUCAUCUCUUACGCCUAUUAGAGUAGUUGGACUGAACAUUUGCCAUUAGUUGUUAAUCAUGAAUAAAGCCGCACUGUGAAUAUAUAGA